UCCGUCCCAUCGUCCUCAUCAAGUCUGGUGCCUCUGUAAGGGGAAUGAUUUGACCGUACUUUGGUAUCCAUAUUUUUGUUCAUGAUGGAUUCUACAAGCGAUACCAAGAGCUCAGUCCCUGGUGUGAUUUUACGUCCGUCGAAAUGGCUUCCGUUGUACGAGGACUUUGUCACCAAGAACGCUAGUUCAGUGGGCCAAGUAGAGUCUGCACUGAGAUCUCUAACAUAUAUCAUCCCAGGACGCUACCGGGAUUCCGAGAUACCAUCAGAAUGUGUACACUCUGGUGUACAGUUAUUAACGCUUUAUCAUGAUUCUCUUGUUUCCCGAGUCGCUUCCGGUCUCCCACCCUCUGCUCGGCCGACGCCAACACCUCAUUCGCGGUACACGAAAUACUGGACCUCGCAUUCAUCCUUAUAUCGCAAGGUAGCCCUUGCACUUCAAAUGGUCCAAUAUACGGAGAUACUCUGGGAAAUGACCGCGCGACGCCGCGGUGAGAAAGUCCGUUGGCGGGUCGUUGUUUUGAUUGAAGUCAUUAAAGCGAUGUGCCGUCUGUUGUUGCUUCGCCUUACGAACUCCAGACCCCUUGUUAGCCCACCGCUUCCGGAGCGCGAACUUGACCCUAGGUCAACACAAGAGGAAGAUGACAGUGACUGGAACGGGAUGGACACCCCUGUCAGCGAACGGCCAUCGGACUUGAACUGGAAUAUGCCCCGAACGGGUCUGUCGCUUCCUUCGCUUCCCGAUGUGAACGAUAUAUCGAACUAUCUCAUAUCGAAGGUUCUUACCGCUGACGACAUCAAAUCGCCCAAGUCUCUCUUGCAUCGUGUCACUGGCCAAGGCCAACUGGCGGAGAUUAUGUACAUUCUUCGACCGGUGGUUUAUGCCCUUGCAAUGCAAAGAUGGUAUAAAAACAAGCAGAGCUGGCGGCCCUGGCUGAUCGGCUUUGGUAUGGAGUAUGGUUGUCGACAGCUCGCGAAGUCUGAUUUCCGAGAGAGGGUCGCUGGCGGCCUCAGAGGGCUUACGGGCCUCGAGCGGGAAGAGCUAAGGAAAAGAGGGUGGGCGAUGGGUUGGUGGUGUAUGCGCGGUGCAUUCUACGACAACAUAACCAGACCUUGGUUGAACGGGUUAGUUCAGAAAAUGAAGGGCAAACCUCUACUUGACUUGGUGGGAAGUGUCGUGGAAGACUACGAGUACCUGUGGGAUAACUUCUACUUCCCAACCGCGACCCUGUAAAGGUCUUUUUUCUCGGACUCCACUGUUUGGCGCUUCAUCAUCUACUCUAAGAUGACACCCCACUAACCGUGUUCUUUACAAACCAUUGCUCCUUGAGGUUGAGUGAGUGUUGAAAAACACGCAUUUCUGCACCCAAGGGUAAAUAUUGAUGAUACCCGAUGAGGCCUCGGUCCCUUUCUACUCCUGUCUUUGUUUCCCUUUAACGAUGGUCUAUCCCAUGGUAGAUCUGCUUCAUGUCUCAAAUAUUUAAUAUGGGGUAUCUCAUUUGUCAUGUAUCUUGUAUCAUAUACAAAGCGCUU